AUGCUCUCCAUCUCGUGCAUCCUCCUUUUCGCCGUACUUUUCGUCGGCGAGGCCGCUUCAUUCGCUCUGACUCCUUCUUCCGCAUCCGCGAGCUGGCGGGCGAGGCCGGCGUCGCUGCGGCACCGCUGCGGUGCUCGGACGCGGCCGAUACUGCUGGAGCUCGUGCUGACCGAGGAGAAUGUGCAGGCCGUCCUGGAUGAGGCGGAGCGCGACCUCGGCACCAUGUUCGGCUCGAACCCCGAGUCGGCCGCGGUGGGAAUCACCGGGCGCGCGGAACUCGUUGAGCUUGACGGCCCGACGGUCGUGAUCCGGCUGAGCGGUCGCUUCUGGCACGCGCGCGCCCGCGUGCUCGAGCGCCUAGAGGCGUUUGUCCUCGAGCGCAUCCCGGAGUGCAUCGGUGUCGAGAUUGAGGACCCGUCGCAGCUGGAGGACGCGCUGGACCCAGCAACGGGCCUGCCCGUCAACGAGGUGCCAGGAAUCGAUUUGGACGCCUUCGGGCAGCGUUAG